GGAAUUUUGACGUGGAAACCCAAAUUGAGAGAAAACCACGGGCCUUUUUUGGCAGUACCUUGCCAACGGGGGAUUUUUAUUUAUAUUGGGGGUUGUACACGAUACAUGAAUUUGGCUUGGAAGCCAUUAAUGCAAGCUUGAAGGCUUGCAUGAGAAAUAAAUUACAAGUUCUCUAGAGAGAGAAAGAAAUGUGGGCAGGGGAGAGAGGAAAGAGGCCUCCUUUAACAUUGAGGGGGAGCCCUCCUUUUAUAGGAGAGAGUCGGAGCAUCUACGGAGGAAUAUUCUCUUAUUCCUCUAUUUUAUUAAACAGGCUUGGUUUGACUGUUCUUCGUAAAUAAUUGGGAAAUGUGGGCCGAGCCACGUAUUAUUUCCCAUCAAUAAGUCCUCCACUUUUUUAAGUUGUGAGAAUCAUCAACUUAAAAAAGUAAACAAGUCCUCCGAGUGCUAUCUUCAAUCUUCGUACUUUGAAUUCUUGACCGGCUGAUAUUAUUGCUAGUCCUCCAAGUCUUCAUUAAUUUUCCAAUUUCUUGAAUCAGAAGGUCUUCCUGCAAAAAUAAUAUGAACACCAUUUUUUUUGACCGGCCUAUGCCGUGCUCAAAUAAUUAUUAUCUUUACCGAGGAGCUCGGUGUUAGAGUGGUUAAAAUUCGCGUGAAUAAUUAUCGUAACAAGAGCGAUGUCAGUUCGAUAAAGCAACGAUGCUUCGAGUAGUUAUACGACACCGGAGUUAGUACGAUGAAGCGGCGGUGCUUCAAGUAGUUAUUUCGUCGAGACCGAUGUUAGUACGGAUUAAGUAAACGAUACAUAGCGAAAUUAGUAUAUCGAAGUAAUCGAUAUUACUUAAUACGAAUUAAGUAUGUUGCAGUAACUUUGUCGAAGAUCGAUGUUAGCCCGGCUAACUGAUGCAAAUAUCUUCAUGUCAUGUAGAGACCACUUCCGGAGUGCCUUGUUCAAAGGGCCUGAAGAAUCGGGCGUCCCCGAUAAGGGCUCAGCUGAGCCACCGGUGUACCCAAUUCGAUUGGGGUCAGACUUACGAGAAAAUAUGUGCACUACCGGUGUGUAUAUCAUUCUUGGCCUGUCUCGCGCACAAGAAUGAUAUUUACCAGCGUGCCAGGCCGGGCCUGUGUCACAUAUUUUAAUAUUUUUUAUUAUACUGAGCAAGACCGGUGUAGUAACCAGCGUGCCAGGCCGGGCCUGUGUCUCAGUCUUCCUCUUUUUUUUAAAUACUGAGCAAGACCGGUGUUGUAACCAGCGUACCAAGCUCGGCUUGUGUGUGAGUCUUCCCUCCGAAUUCAUUCCACCAAUUAUUGGUGGUAGACCCCAAUGAGAAAUAAGUGGGGAACUUAUUUCCUCCUCCGCAAUAUUCAAUGUCCAUCUCCCACCAACAUGAUUAAUUGAUGGGCUCCAUUGUGAAAAUAAGUGAGGGAGUCCCUUUGUUGGUUUCUAAAGGGAUAAGGAGUAAAUGGCGUGAGCUUAAAAUCCAUGCACCAAAGUCCAUUGGUGGGGCCUGCCCAUAUGUGAAUUGCUCCAUGAUCGCCUUUCACAAUCAAAAUGGGAACUGGACUCUUGCUUUUGCCUUUGUAAAGAGCAUCUGCUUUAAUUGAUCUCCCUGCGCAAAACGGUCUCCAUUUGGGAUUUUCCUUAUGAUCACAUAUGAAUUUACACAAUCAAGUUGAUAAUGAAUCAACUUGUCUCCUUGUAGUUUCAGGCUUUCAACGGGGAAGGUGAUGUAGAUAAAGAUAGCCUUCCAGCAGCGGCAAACGAGUUUCCCGACCACCGGCGUUGGCGGUGCAACCCAGUAGUAGUACGGGGGGUCUUAUCUGCAACGGUAGUUGUUGGCUUCAGUGGCGACAUGGGCGGACACCAAUGGGGUGCGGUUUCAUGACCUGGGUGGUGGUUCCAUCAACCGGCGGCAGGUCGGCGGGUUUGCGCGACGGCAGCAGCGGGUUUGAGCAACCCCGUAGCAACAAAUAUGAACUUCUACAAUAGAACCAUGGCAGUGGCCGGUUCUGCACAGAGCAGAUGGCCGGCCGUGGUGAUGUACUCCGGCCACUUCAAUUGACAUUCAGCGGCGGUGAUGGUUGAAUUCGGCGUCCUUGGCGGCAAUUCUAGCGGAGACCACAAUGAUGACGGUAGACUUUGGCGGUAAGGACAGCGGCAUAUGAUCAGAAUCCUUCAGAGGGAGGAUGGGCAAAGGCACCCCCUUACAGCCGUAGAUCUGUCACUGGUUUCUGGCGGCGGUGAUCCGAAUGGGAUUCAGGGUAUUUAAUGGUCAUCAGCGGAGAGAACCACAAAUUCGGGUGAGUAUUGCCCUCAACUAUUUAGGAUUGGGCGGUCUGCACGGGGCUGCUUGCGUCCAUGGAGCAGAUUCCAACGAGGGUAGCUGUCUCCGUAAUUGUUUAUGGCUUCCGUCGAUGACGAUGGGCGAUGGCGAUGGCGGUGGGAACUCAUCUUCUCAACCGUGGUGGCGGUGUAGUGCCCGGAAGUCGGGCUGCGGCCAAAAAUGGCGGCAGUGGCCAGAUGCUUCUGCAUGCUGUCGCGAUCUCGAUCCACUAGAUGCUAGGUGUCGACAGCAUCACUUGAUUGCUCCUCUCCCCACGCUCCUCCAGCCCGUGGUAGAUCUCAGGGCCGGCGAGGGGGGAAGCAGUGAGAGGCCUGAUUGCGCAGUGUUAGACACGAGACGGAGCCCCGGCCAGCGCCCCCUUGGAUAUUGGCUUCUCUGCUUUGACGGCAACGAUAAUUUCCUCCGGUGGCGGGGUAACCCUGUGCGGUAUUGAAGAGGCACGGAGGUCAGAUUUCGGCACCCGGUCUAAAUCUUUCCCCCAUUUUCCAAUGCAGUGAGAGGCUUCGUCGUCGUGGGGAGAGGAAAAAUGGAUCAUUGUGUCCUUUGAUUUCUGCGAUUGAAAGUGGAGAGAAGAGGCAGGCAGCUCUGUUGGUGACGGAUGAAUACUUAGAUCUGGUUCUCUCCCCCUUUUGUUUGAUUGUGCAAAAAUAAAUUUUCACUUGGUUUUUCUUAGAACUUGGCUUGAACUCCCCCCUUUCUUACCGGGCAAGAGGCAUAUUUCAGAGAGAGAAUCAUGGCCUUUUGCUCGGUCACACGGGUGUCGCCAAAAUGAUGGUGUAAAUUAUCGACCGGUAUACCGUUUUUAGUCCGGCUAAAACAAUAAACUAGUCUAAAAAAUACACCAAAAUAUAAACACGGGAAUUUUGACGUGGAAACCCAAAUCGGGAGAAAACCACGGGCCUUCUUUGGCGGUACCUUGCCAACGGGGGAUUUUUAUUUAUAUUGGGGGUUGUACACGAUAGUACUUAAACCGAACC